AUGGAUUCAAUUUGGUUUAGAGUCAACGGUGUGAGACAUACCGUUGUUAGCUGUGAAGUGGAUUCUGACCUAACGCUACUGGAUUAUCUCCGAGAUUAUCUGGAACUGCGAGGCACCAAGUACAUGUGCCGUGAAGCUGGUUGUGGCUCCUGCAUGGUCACCGUCAAACAAUCUCAAGGUCAACCGUAUGCUGUCAACUCGUGCAUGUUGACACUGGUGUCAUGCCAUGGCCUCGACAUUACCACCAUCGAAGGACUUGGGAACAGGAAUAUAGGAUACCAUCCUUUGCAGACCACUCUCGCUAAGUACAAUGGGACUCAGUGUGGGUACUGUUCACCAGGAUGGAUAAUGUCCAUGCACAGUCUGCAAGAAAACAACCCGAACCUUACACAAUUGGAAAUAGAACAGUCUUUAGGAAGUAACGUUUGCCGUUGUACGGGGUACAGACCAAUCCUUGAUGCAUUCAAAAGCCUGGCUGUCGACAGCAGUGUUGACAAGAACAUACAAGACAUUGAAGAUCUCAAAAUCUGCAGAAAAACUGGAAAAUACUGUGAUGAACAACAUUGUGACGAUACGGAAUGGUGCAUGGUAAAAGAUGAUGAUUUCCUCAAUUCUAAGAUGAUACAAAUGAAAUUAAAAGAUGGAAAGUUUUGGUAUAAAGCUACAAGUUUAAAGAAUAUUUUUAAUAUUCUAGACGAUAAAGGCAAUGAUUCGUACAUGUUGCUAGCUGGGAAUACUGCUAGAGGAGCGUAUCCGAUAGAAGAAUAUCCUAGAAUAAUAAUUGAUAUUAAUGCAGUGUCUGAACUGAAAGGUUACAAACUGGAUCAGAACCUAAUCAUAUACGGUGGAGUGACGCUUACUGAACUACUGGAUAUAUUCAAACGUAUAGCAAAACAAGAAUAUUUUGCAUAUUUGACAAAAUUGUAUGAACAUUUGAAGAAGGUUGCUCAUAUACCAGUAAGAAACAUCGGGACAAUAGCUGGUAAUCUGAUGAUUAAAAAUAAACACAAUUUCUUUGCAUCUGACAUUUUUCUACUGCUGCAGACUGUUGGAGCACAGCUCACUUUAGUGAGCCGCCGUUCCAGAACUAAAACUGUGACGAUGGAGGAGUUCCUAAAAACUGAUAUGAAAGGUUUGGUUAUCCUGAAUGCGCUGCUAUCUCCUUUGAGCUGUGAAUAUAAAGUAGCUACGUUUAAGGUUAUGCCACGAAGUACAAACUACCACGCGAUAGUAAAUGCAGGAUUUGUAUACCAACUAAAUAAUCAAAAUAAAGUUAUAUCCUCAAGAAUUGCCUUCGGUGGUCUAUCACCAACAUUCACAAGAGCUUAUAAAACAGAAAGAUUUUUGACUGGAAAACAACUAUUUACAAACGAUACUUUACAAUCUGCUUUGAAAGUUUUGAGUGAUGAAAUUGUAGUUGUGGACAAUCCACCAAAACCUAGCGUUGAAUUCAGACGAAAAUUGGCAUUAGGAUUGUUUUACAAGGGUCUUCUAUCGUUAUGUCCAGAUAACUUACUAAGCGCUCGUUACAAGUCAGGAGCAACAAAAAUUCACGACACACGUCCAGUAUCCAAAGGUGUUCAGUAUUUCGAAACAGAUCCCUCAACAUACCCUUUGACUGAACCUGUUCAGAAAGUUGAAGCUUUGAUACAAUGUGCAGGAGAAGCACAUUAUGCUGAUGAUAUGCCUACACUACCUUAUGAAGUACACGCUGCUUUCGUGGUCACUACUAUAGGAGUUGGUGAAAUUGUAUCCAUAGACGCAUCAAAGGCUUUAGUAUGUAUCAUUUUUCCAAUUUAA